CGCUCACUCGUUCGGGCAGCGCUGCCGCCAGGCCCCGAGGUCACUUGCAUUCCGACCCGAGCGACCAUGAGCGCGCUUGACUUGACUUCCAUCCUGGAUUUCCUGGAGACGGCCAACCUGACGGAGAUCAACUGGACGUGCAGCAGCGGCGAGUGCAUCACGGUGGACGCCACGACAUGCCCUGGCACGCUCAACAAGAGCGCCCUGCUCUACACCCUGUCCUUCUUCUACAUCUUCAUCUUCGUCAUAGGCCUGGUGGCCAACUCGGUGGUGGUGUGGGUCAACCUGCAGGCCAAAAUGACGGGCUAUGAGACCCACCUGUACAUCUUCAACCUGGCCAUCGCCGACCUGUGCGUCGUCAUCACCCUGCCCGUGUGGGUCGUCUCGCUGGUCCAGCACAACCAGUGGCACAUGGGGGAGAUCACGUGCAAGAUAACCCACCUGAUAUUUUCCAUCAACUUGUACAGCAGCAUCUUCUUCCUGGCGUGCAUGAGCGUGGACCGCUACCUCUCGGUCGCCUACUUCACCAACUCCAGCAGCCGCAAGAAGAAGAUCAUCCGCCGCUGCAUCUGCGUCCUGGUGUGGCUCCUGGCCUUCUGCGCCUCCCUCCCGGACACCUAUUACCUCAAGACUGUCUCUUCCAACAGUGAGACCUACUGCAGGCCCGUUUACCCCGAGGAGAGCUUCAAGGAGUGGCUGAUUGGCAUGGAGCUCAUCUCCGUGGUGCUGGGCUUCCUCAUCCCCUUUCCCGUCAUCGCCGUGUUUUAUUUCCUCCUGGCCAAGAGCAUCUCCGCCUCUGGCGACCAGGAGCGCAAGAGCAACGGGAAGAUCAUCUUCUCCUACGUGGUGGUGUUCCUGGUGUGCUGGCUGCCCUACCACGUGGCCGUCCUGCUGGACAUCUUCUACAGCCUUCACUUCAUCCCCAUCAGCUGCCAGAUGGAGAACUUCCUCUACGCCACCCUGCACAUCACUCAGUGCUUCUCGCUGGUGCACUGCUGCGUCAACCCCAUCCUGUACAGCUUCAUCAACCGCAACUACCGAUACGAGCUGAUGAAAGCCUUCAUCUUCAAGUACUCUGCCAAAACUGGCCUCACCAAACUCAUCGACACCUCCAGAGUGUCAGAAGCAGAAUACUCAGCUCUGGAGCAAAAUGCCAAAUGACUGCAAGCCCAGGAAGGAACUUCCUUGACUCUCUGACCUGAUGUGGGGUUGUUUUUUUUUGUGUGUGUUACGGUUUGUUUUUUUUUUUGUUUUUUUUUUUACCCCUUCCUUUCAAUGUGCUUGUUAUGAACGCGGCGUGAAUUCCAGCCUACAAAAGAGAGAGGACAAAGUGUAAUUUAACAGUAGGAUCAGUUGCAAAGUGGAAGUGGUACCAAAAUGAAAACCUUUUCUCCUCCUAGCCUAGUGUGGACUCCUCAACAACGCUAUGCAAGUGGAAAUUAUUUCCUAGCAGACAAAGCCAUUGUGUACCAUAGAUAACACGGAUAAGCUUCUCCUUCCACGUCUUGAUUCCCUCUUGUCUCCUUGUGUAUGUUUAUAUAUAUAGUGUGUUGUAUUUAAAAGCUCAAGACUUUAUUUUCUGCCCCUUGGUGUACCUUAUACAAGUAUAUUUGAAAGUUAAAUAUAUUUUUAUCAUGUAUUUGAAGUAUAUUGCUGAUGAGUGUAUCCAGAGUGCUGUAGUCUGAGUGUUAGGUGGCCGUUUGGCUCCAAGAGGAUGCUCAUGAAUAGGAUGGAAAUGAUCUCAUGGGAGCAUCCUCCCUGGCUAAAGGCACACUUUAUGGACCAUGGCUUUAUGUGGUGUCGCACCCACAUGCCGGAGCAUGAAAUAUAUGUAGUGUAAUAUAGCUGCCAUCAUGUUAAAAUUAACAGUAUUGUCAGAGUCCUUAACUCCUACACCCCUGCUUCACCAGGCUGUAUCCUCCUGCACAGAGUGAGUGAUCUUACUGCUGAGAGUUGUAUCUAUUUGUAAGUUAUUUUUGUAAAAUAAAGAUCUGAGAAAAAGAAAACAAAA